AUGCCUUCCGCUGGGAUGAGACAGUGUGUCCGUAAUGUCUCCGUCUACCUCGUCUUCCUGAUCCUCAUCUCCACGCUGGGACCUCUUCAAUUCGGAUUCCAUCUUUCCGAACUCAACGCCCCCCAAGAUGUCAUAACCUGCAAGCAAACCUCCGUCGCGAACGAUGUAGCCUCCCAACCCGAAUCCAACCUCCCACAAUGCAUCCCCAUGACCGAAGCAGAGUUCGCAGCUCUCUCCUCGAUGUUCGUGCUCGGUGGAUUCUUAGGUGCGAUCACAGCAGGGCCGAUCUCGACUAGCUAUGGCAGGUUACUGGCUAUGCGUAUUACAAGCGUUUUCUUUGUGCUGGGCUCAGCACUGGAGACCCUGGCUGGCACGGUGCCGAUUAUGUCUAUUGGGCGGUUCCUCGCGGGAGUGGGAGCUGGUGCUAGCACUGUCAUUGUGCCAUUGUACAUCUCGGAGGUUGCUCCACCGAAGGAGAGGGGGGUAUUUGGAUCUUUGACGCAGGUUACGAUCAAUUCUGGCAUUCUGAUCACACAAACCAUGGGAUACUUUUUGAGCAGAGGGCCACUUUGGCGUAUCAUUCUCGGAGUUGGGGCUUGCAUUGGCCUCGUGCAAGGGAUUGGAUUGUGUUUCGUGCCAGAGAGUCCUGCUUGGCUCGCAGCACACAAAAGCCCAGCUGUCGCUAUCCGCACCCUACAACGAAUCCGAGGCAAAGGGUAUUCAAUUGAGGAGGAAAUCGAAGGGUGGGGAGGAGACAAAGGCAUAGCAGAGGAGGAGCGACUUCUCAACUCUGCAGACGGCGACGUUACACCUACACCACGAAGACAGUCCACAGCGAGCACCAAGUCCCAGAAGGCUACACCACACGUUGGAUUCUUCCAAGUUGUCCGGGACCCGCUCUACCAACCAGCAAUCAUCGCUGUCAUCGGCAUCAUGUUCGCCCAACAGUUCUGUGGUAUCAACAGCAUAAUGAUGUACUCAGUCUCCCUCCUCUCCGGCGUCCUCCCCUACUCCUCUGCAGGGGUCACAAUCCUAAUCUCAAUCGUCAACUUGCUCACCACCAUCGCCUGUGCUCCUCUCGCUGAUAAAAUAGGCCGGAAAGCCUGUCUCCUCCUCUCGAUCUCAGGAAUGGGAACCAUGUCCCUCCUUCUCGCCAUCUCUCUACGAAUGGAAAUCAAGGUCCUCUCCGCAAUCUCCGUCCUAGGUUUCGUUGGAUUCUUCGCCACAGGUCUCGGCCCCGUACCUUUCAUGAUGGCAUCUGAGCUCGUGGGCCAGGAAGCGGUUGGAGCUACACAGAGCUGGUGUCUCGGUGCUAACUAUGUAGCUACGUAUAUCGUGGCGCAGUUCUUCCCUAUCUUGAAUUCGUGGUUGAAUGAUAGAUUUGGUGGUAAAGGCUGGGCUUACUUUGGAUUUGCUGCGCUGGCGGCGUUGAGUUUUCUGUUCGUGGGGUGGUGGGUGCCGGAGACGAAGGGGAAGAAAGAUCCAGAUGAGGUAUGGGGAAGGACGAGCAGACUUGAUUGA